GCCCGCCCGGCCGUCCUCCCAGUUCAAGCCGCCAGGGCUCCACUCUGCACUCCAGCGCGAGCCUCGGCAUGUUGCGCGCAGUUGUGCUCGCCGCCGCCCGGCCCUGCCAGGGCCGCCGGCUGCUGUCGGCCGCCGCCACCCCGGCCGUGCCGGCCCCCAACCAGCAGCCCGAGGUCUUCUACAACAAGAUCUUCAUAAACAAUGAGUGGCAUGAUUCUGUCAGCAAGAAAACUUUCCCCACCAUCAAUCCAUCCACUGGGGAUGUCAUCUGUCAUGUAGCUGAAGGGGACAAGGAAGACGUGGACAGGGCAGUGAAAGCCGCCCGGGCUGCAUUCCAGCUGGGCUCGCCCUGGCGCCGCAUGGAUGCGUCCAAAAGGGGCUGGCUGCUGAACCGCCUGGCUGAUCUGAUUGAGCGGGACCGGACCUACCUGGCAGCCUUGGAGACCCUGGACAAUGGCAAGCCCUAUGUCAUUUCCUACCUGGUGGAUUUGGACAUGGUUCUCAAAUGUCUCCGUUACUAUGCAGGCUGGGCUGAUAAGUACCACGGAAAAACCAUUCCCAUCGAUGGGGACUACUUCAGCUACACCCGCCAUGAACCUGUGGGAGUGUGCGGGCAGAUCAUCCCGUGGAACUUCCCGCUCUUGAUGCAAGCAUGGAAACUGGGCCCAGCCUUGGCGACUGGAAACGUGGUUGUGAUGAAGGUGGCUGAGCAGACUCCACUCACUGCCCUCUAUGUGGCCAACUUGAUUAAGGAGGCCGGCUUUCCUCCUGGCGUCGUCAAUAUCAUACCUGGAUUUGGCCCCACGGCUGGGGCCGCCAUUGCCUCCCAUGAGGAUGUGGACAAAGUGGCCUUCACAGGCUCCACUGAGGUUGGCCACCUAAUCCAGACUGCUGCGGGGAACAGUAACCUCAAGAGAGUGACCCUGGAGCUAGGAGGAAAGAGUCCCAAUAUCAUCAUGUCAGAUGCUGACAUGGACUGGGCUGUGGAGCAGGCCCACUUCGCCCUGUUCUUCAACCAGGGCCAGUGCUGCUGUGCAGGCUCCCGGACCUUUGUGCAGGAGGACAUUUACGCCAAGUUUGUGGAGCGGAGUGUUGCCCGGGCCAGGUCUCGUGUGGUCGGGAACCCCUUUGACAGCCAGACUGAGCAGGGGCCGCAGGUGGAUGAAACUCAGUUUAAGAAGAUCCUUGGCUACAUCAAAUCUGGGAAGGAGGAGGGGGCGAAGCUGCUGUGUGGUGGAGGGGCGGCUGCUGACCGUGGCUACUUCAUCCAGCCCACCGUGUUUGGAGACGUGCAGGAUGGCAUGACCAUCGCAAAGGAGGAGAUCUUUGGGCCAGUGAUGCAGAUUCUGAAGUUCAAGACCAUAGAGGAAGUCGUUGAGAGAGCCAACAAUUCCAAGUAUGGGCUGGCUGCAGCUGUCUUCACAAAGGACUUGGACAAGGCCAAUUAUCUGUCCCAAGCCCUCCAGGCUGGCACAGUGUGGGUCAACUGCUAUGAUGUGUUUGGGGCCCAGUCACCGUUUGGUGGCUACAAGCUGUCUGGGAGCGGCCGGGAGCUGGGAGAGUAUGGGCUGCAGGCAUACACUGAAGUGAAAACUGUCACAGUCAAAGUUCCUCAGAAGAACUCAUAAAGAACCAUGCUGGCUUUACUCAUCCAGUGAUGGAAAGUUCAAGGAGAUAAGCAACAAAACCAAGAAAGAUGGCCGUUGCAUGUUAAAGGUCUCAAAAGAGAAAUUCUGCCAGAAAAAUCUCUUGGAUCAAGAAAGUUCCAGAAUUUGAAUCAAUAAAUAGAGUGGAUGUGGGGCAAAGGGUAUAUGGAAAGCCUUUUAAACUGCAACAAUACUACUAGCUUUCAGGGUGAUUUUUCAAAGAUAGAUUCAAGUGUCUCAUCCUGUCCAUCUGAAACACUUCUGUAACUUGCCUUAAUGGGGGAAGAAAAAGCCAUUGUUUACCACUGUUCCAUCUUUGAAGCAGCAACUAGCACCUUGCUUUGUAUUCUGGACUAAAACUCAUUAAAAACAGUGCUGCUCUUCACUUUUUAGGUAACUCUUCCUCCAUCUCAACCCAAGGAGAUGCUGUCACAUAGAUAUGUUGACCCCUCUGUGUGUAUGUCACAUUGUAAACAACUGUCACCCAUCCCCUACUGUGGAUAAAUAGCCUUUGUUUCCUGCA